AUGAAAAGCUGCGCUAAGCGAGAGGCCGGCAGGAAGACUUUCAUGGAACAGGUGCGGGAGAGCAAGGAGAAUGGCUACCUCCUCUCCUCCAGGAAGAUUGGCUCUGGGGCCUUCUCCAAAGUCUACCUGGGCUACGCCACCCAAGAGAAGCUAAGACAGAACUACAAGCUGGCCGCAGACCUUCGGAGCAAGCGGCACUCCAUGGUGGCCAUAAAGAUCAUAUCCACAGCCAAAGCCCCCUUGGAAUAUUCCAGAAAAUUCCUCCCGAGAGAAAUCUACUCCCUUAAUGCAACCUACAAGCACAUCAAUGUGAUCCAGCUCUACGAGAUGUAUAGGAACAGCAGGUGCACCUACCUAGUGCUGGAGCUGGCCUCCCGUGGCGACCUGCUGGAGCACAUCAACGCCACCUCUGACCGCAGGGAGUGCCCCGGGCUGGAGGAGGAGGAGGCGCGAAGGCUCUUCCGCCAGAUCGUCAGCGCCGUGGCACACUGCCACAACGUGGGCAUCGUGCACAGAGACCUGAAAUGUGAGAAUAUCCUGCUGGAUGAGCGAGGCUUCAUUAAGCUGACAGAUUUUGGGUUUGCUAACCGCUACUCCUUGAAGAAUUCCCUGAUGAGCACGUUCUGCGGCUCUGUGGCCUACACGGCCCCCGAAAUCCUCAUGAGCAAGAAGUACAACGGAGAGCUGGCUGACCUGUGGAGCCUCGGUGUGAUCCUCUACGCCAUGGUGACCGGGAAGCUGCCCUUCAGAGAGCGCCAGCCUCCCAAGAUGAUCCACAUGAUAAAACAGGGCCUCUGCUUCCGGCAGCCCAUCUCCCCAGAGUGCCAGAACCUGAUCCAAGGCCUGCUGCAGCUGAAGCCUGGGGCCCGGCUGGGCUUGCAGCAGGUGGCCACGCACUGCUGGAUGCUGCCCGCCACCUCGGCCAUCUUCCACCAGGCGCUGAGCGCCACGGGCAGGCCCCCGGAGCUCGGCCCAGCCCUGGAGAAGCCGUCCGCCCAAGGCGAGAGCGGAGGCUCCAUCUCUUUGCUGCCAGAUCUGGAGAGCUCGGCCAAGCUUCCCGAGGGAGCCGCCAAGGGAACCAAAGCCCCAGCAGGCCCCCACGCUUCCUCUGCUCAGGACUUCUUCCCUGGCCGAGCCGAGAUGGAGGCCAAGGCUCCCGAGCUGAUCUCUGCCGGCUGCCUCCUUCAGCUGCCGUCGCCGUGCCAGGCUGAGCGCCCUCCCCAAUUCUCCCUGUACCGGCCCUGCCUGCUCUCUGGCCUCCGGCCCUUCCACCACCUCCCCAACUUCCGCAAGCCCGGCUCAGCCACCUCGGCCAGCGCCUACGUAGCCAGCUGGCGGCUGGGCGAGAAGAGCCCCGCUGUGGCAGCAGCGGUGGGCAGCGGCUCCUCCAAGCCGCUCAUCUCCCUCCACUCCAUGUCCGUGAUCCGGAAGCCCCCACCAGAGCCCCUCACCAACUAG